AUGGUGACUCAAAUGGUGCAGAGAGAGAGCAAGGAAAAGGCAAACGCAUUUACUGGAACCACCUAUCCGUCCAUGACAGCAGUGAUUCAGGCCGUGAAGUCAGGCACCUCGGAAGACCUCGCGCGACUGGUCCAUCGAGGUGAGGAGGUGAAUAGGACCGACGUGAAUGGCUUUACUGCCCUCCACUCAGCCUGCGAGCGUCGGAAACUCAACGAACUUAGCCUUCUCAUCGAGUACAACGCUAAUGUCAACCAUCCAACAAAGUAUCAACAAUACAUGCAAGUGGAAUACCUCUACUCCUUUGGUUUGUUCCUGCAGAUGGAGCAAGCCUGUCCCCUCCACCUGGCAGCGAAAGCGGGCUUUGUGGAGGGAGUGAUUCGACUGCUGCAGGGUUAUGCCAAUCUCGAGGCUGUGGAUAAGAAUGGUCUCACGCCUCUCCUUGUCGGCUGUCGUGAAUCCAAAGCCGAUGUGGUCAGCGUUCUCAUUGAGGCCGGUGCAAAUGUCAAUCACAUCUCCUUCUUUUUGUUCUUGCACACCCAUGUAGCUAUGGCGACACUUCUCCCACCAAAGAAAAAGUAA